AUGUCUUACCCAGUCCAAAAAUCCAACGAACAGUGGCAGGCAGUUUUGUCUCCAGAACAAUUCAGAGUUCUCCGCGAAAAGGGCACUGAACGCCCUGGCACCGGUGAAUACGACAAGCACUCCCAACCCGGCGUCUACAACUGCGCUGGCUGCGAUGCUCCCCUCUACAAAUCAACCACCAAGUUCAACUCCGGCUGUGGAUGGCCCGCUUUCUACGAGGGGAUUCCCGGGGCUAUUGAGCGGCACGAGGACCGAGCGUUCGGUAUGUCUAGGAUUGAGAUCGUGUGUAAGAAUUGUGGCGGACAUUUAGGACAUGUGUUUAAGGGGGAGGGGUAUAAGACCCCUACGGAUGAGAGGCAUUGCGUUAAUAGCGUGAGCUUGAAGUUCAACGAACCAGCAGAGGGCAACUAG